CUCGCAAUGGCAUCCGCAACGGAAGAGCUGACCUGCUCUGUUUGCAGAGAUAACUUCAGCCAAUCCCACCCUCUACCCUGCGGCCACAGUUUUUGUCCUGACUGUAUCCGCGAGGCCUGGAGUGCCCCCGGUGAGGGCAAAGGUCAUUUUACGUGCCCCCAGUGCGUGGAAGAGCAUGGCGAGGUACUGUGUGACUGCUGUUCGCCAGAAGCGGACGAAGGGCUGGUGCACUUGGCUGUCAAAACGUGCCUGAGAUGCGAAGUGUCGCUGUGUGCGGAACACCUCCGCCACCACCUGGAAAGACCUGCAUUUAGCACCCAUUUGUUGGUGAAUCCACUGGGGGACCUGUCUCAGCGAAAGUGCCCUACACACACAGAGCUACUGCGGUACUACUGUGCCGAUGAGAGAGUAUACGUUUGCUCUGACUGCCUGCUGGAGGGAAGCCACAUUCAACAUAAAGUCAAGGGGCUGACACAAGUGGAAAAUGACCUAAAGGUGAUUCUCCAGACGCUGCUGGAACAGUCAGAGGAGAAAGUAAACAAAGGAGAGCAAAUCCUUGAAGAGUAUGCCAACAUCGAUUCCACCAUUGUAGACUGUCUGAUGGAGGAAAAUACCCAAGUAGAACGCUUGGGCUCAGACUUGCAGGUCCAAGUGGAGAAACUAGUUUUGGGUCUAACUGAGAUAACUAAGAAGGACAGACAAGGAAUUAUUGAGCGCGUUCAUGAAGACUGUUCCAAAGUGAGAGAAGACAUGAGCCAGACAAUGAGCAUCCAGCACUACUUGACCUCGCUAUUAGCAGAGACCGACCCCUUCCUGCUCAUCUGGGCCUUUCAGUCUGAUGACACAAAGUUACUAACGGACCUUAGCAGUCCCCUCUAUACACCAGAGCCUGUCAGUUUGGACAGAAAGCACAUUUUGGAGGACAUAGAGGGCAAGUAUCGAGAGUUUAUCACUGCCACCCUCCGCUGUCUCAGUGAACUCAAGAGGGAGCUCUUGACCUGUCCUCUGACUCUGGACACCAACACAUCUCAUCCUCUUCUGAGCAUCUCUGAUGACCUGCGAUUAGUCACAAGGGUUAAAACACGCCUGCCAUACGCUACUCACCCGGAACGUUUUGACCACUGGCCACAAGUCCUCACAGUUCAGAGUUUCUCGACUGGGACUCAUUACUGGGAGCUAGAAGCUGAAGGAUUCUGGGAUAUCGCCAUAUGCUAUCGGAGUAUUGGACGGAAGGGAAAGGACGGCAAUUCGUUUGGCAACAAUAUGUUCUCAUGGAGUUUGACGCAGCAGCAUGACAGGAAACUGGCAGCUUGGCAUGACCGCAAGAAAACACGUCUCACAUACAAAAUGACUGACAAACGAGUUGCCGUCGCUGUGGACUAUAGCGCCGGCACCAUCACUUUCUCAGAAGUGGGACCGUCGAACAACUUAACUCACAUCCACACUUUCUGGACCACUUUUACUGAACCAGUGUCCUUGGGUUUUGGACUUUAUAAAUCAGAGCUGAACAGCAACAUUUCUAUUGCAAAGGUCUGA